AUGUCGUAUCUAAAUGCUACAGUAGAAAAAAUUUGGGAAGCUAUAAUUUUGAUGGAAGAAAUACCGGCACCACCAAAUGUGGGAAAUGAGCCACCACCAGGGGAAAGAAGUAGGGAAUUCCGUGCUUAUCAUCGCUUUCAUGGUCACACAACAAAUAAUUGUAGGGACAUAAAGAAAAUCAUUCUACGAAUGAUAGAUCAAGGGAAGUUGGAUCACUUUUUGAACAUAGAAGACUUCCAUGAUAAUAUCUUGAGUAGAGUUUACGCGAGGGAUAGUAAUGGAAGAGAUAUAUUGAAUCUUGCGAAGAUAUCGCCCUUAAAAGAUUGGCAGAAGCAACUUAUUUCCUUCAAUGCAGAAGAAGUACCUGGAGGUGAAGAAUAUCACGAGAAUCCCUUAGUGGUAAAAUUGGAAAUCGAUCCAAAAGAAAAAACUAAUGCAGAUGAAGAGGAAGAAACAGAUACAUGGGCUAUCAGCAGAAUACUAAUAGAUCCUGGAAGUUCAGUAGAUAUCUUAUUUUAUCAUACAUACAAAACUAUGGGUGGUCUUGAUGAAGAGCUUAUUCCCUCUACUUAUAAGAUAUACGGUUUCAAUGGCACGGCUAAUAAACCGAAGGGAGGAAUAACAAUGUGGAUUCCUUUAAAAAGCAUAUCAUCGGAAAUAACAUUUUGUGUAGUUGAUGUAGAAUCACCUUACAACGCUUUGAUUGGAAGGUCGUGGUUACAUGGUAUUUUAUGGGUGGCUUCUACUUUUCACCAAUGUAUCAAGUUUCCUCUUCCUCAAGGCGUAGGAGCAAUAAGAGGAGCUACAAAUGAAGGAAAAACGUGCCAUGAGAUUGACAUUGACAAAUGUGAAGAGCGCUCAAGCAAGCGAAGAAACUGGAAACAACAAAUAAAAGAAAGUCAGCGUGGUGAAAGGUUGAUGGUAGACGUCGUAAAUAAGGAGAAGGAAAUAAUACAUGAUUCUGCACAAGCGAUAACAAUUGUACAAGAGCAUAGGAGCGAAUUCUAA